CGCGGAACCCCCGGGGCCCCAAGCGCAAAGUCCACGGCCCCGGGGCCCAGGAGUCGGCGGCUGGUAGCGCGUGUGAGCCGCGCCCUCGGCCAGGGAAGAUGCCCCUGGGGCUGCGGGGAAAGAAGAAGGCCAAGUCCAAGGAGAAUGCCCCGCUGGUGGAAGGCGAGAAGGCGGCGGGCGCCAGCGGGCAGAGCCUCCCGGGGCCCCCGGGCCCCGCACGCAAGCUGGUCUUCCACGCGCAGCUGGCGCACGGCAGCCCCACGGGCCGCGUGGAGAACUUCGCCAGCAUCCAGGAGCUCUACGCCAAGAUCGCCGGCGUGUUCGACAUCUCGCCCGCCGAGAUCUUAUAUUGUACUUUAAACACACCUAAAAUUGACAUGAAAAGACUCCUAGGAGGGCAAUUAGGUCUUGAAGAUUUCAUAUUUGCCCAUGUGAAGGGAUUAAAAAAAGAAGUGAACGUCUAUAAAUCUGAGGAUUCACUUGGACUCACCAUUACUGAUAAUGGUGUUGGCUAUGCUUUUAUCAAGAGGAUUAAAGAUGGUAGCAUUAUUGACUCGGUUAAAACAAUCUGUGUGGGAGAUCAUAUUGAAUGCAUAAACGGAGAAAAUAUCAUUGGGCAGCGUCACUAUGAAGUUGCUAAGAAGUUAAAGGAAUUAAAAAAAGAGGAACUCUUUACCAUGACAUUAAUAGAACCUAAGAAGGCAUUUGAAAUAGGGCCACGGUCCAAAGCUGGAAAGUCAUCAGCAGAAAAAAUUGGCAGUGCAAGGGGGACACUUCGUCUGAGAUCAGGAGGCCCUGCCACCGUGGAAGAACUGCCCUCUGAAACCAAAGCAAAGGCCAUUGAAAAGGUUGAUGAUCUUCUUGAAUUGUACAUGGGAAUUCGAGAUUUUGAUUUAGCUACUACAAUGUUUGAAGCUGGAAAGGACAAAAGUAAUCCAGAUGAAUUUGCGGUGGCAGUUGAUGAGACUCUAGGAGACUUUGCAUUCCCUGAUGAAUUUGUCUUUGAUGUUUGGGAAGCCAUUGGUGAUGGAAAAAGGGAUGACCAUCUCUGAAGAAAGGAACCAUUGUUCUUCAAAAAGAAACUUCCACAACAACUCUUUUAAGCAUCUAUAUGAACUUUGGUGUAGUUUUAUGUGUAUGGGAGACAAUCUUAGAAAUAUAAUUUGAUUUCUGGGUAUUUUUAAAGAGCAGUUGUUGAUGUACUAUGGUGAUAAUAAAUCCCCUAAAAUAUAAUCAACUUUACUAUUAAUUCAAAGUUUUUUUAAAGGUAAAAUUUAAGGAGCAAUUCCACAAGAUUGAUUUGCUUCCCAUAAACACUCAUGCCUAGUCACAUUAAAUAGUUGAUUGCAGUAGCUUCCAUGUCCUUCCCCCCAAAAAUUAUUAGUGUAACGAAAAUUAGGAUUUGUGUGUUUUUAAGAUAUGUUUGAGAAAAUGCAAUGUGAAUUAUGCCUAUGAUAGGCCUACAAAUAUUGUUGUUAUUGUUGUUUUUAAUCCAUUAAGUAAAGGAAGAAGAUUCUUUUG